CAAAGUCGUUCCGACGGAGGGGUUUCUCCAUCGAUUAACAAUUCGAACAAUAGAACACAGGAAAAACAAGCAAAAYAACCWAGCACUAAGACGAGCACRAAAAGGAUUGGUCGAGAACARGCAGAACACAACAACAUUACCGCAACACUCGGCAGGAGGGCAACAAAACAGCAGGCACCAUGGUAGAUCACGGAAAGAAUAGCAAGAGAAAGAAGUUCCAUGAUAAGGACAAAUACUAUAAGCGUGAGUCGGAAAGAAAUGAAAUGAAACGAAACAAUACGAAACAAUGCACGGGAAAAGUGGAUGCGUCGGCCCGCGGGAAAAAAUUGAGAAACAUACUUUUUUGUUGUUGUUUUUUUUUGUUGUUUUUAAUUUUUCCUAACUUUUGUGUUUUUAUAUGUUGCCGUUGUUCUGGUUGUCGUUUGUUGUUCGAUGCGAACGAAUAAUUGAUUUUCGGUUCUGUUCUGCUGCCGUGCUGUGUUUCUUCGUUUCUCUGUUUGCAGUCGCCAAGGAGCAGGGCCUCCGGUCGCGUGCCGCCUUCAAGCUGUCCCAGAUCAAUCGGCACUACCCGCUGAUGCACAGCAAAACCAACGUCGUUCUGGAUCUGUGUGCCGCUCCCGGUGGUUGGACGCAGGUCGCCCAACGGACCUGCGGGCCGCAGACCUCGAUCAUCGCGGUGGACAUCCUGCCCAUCCGGAGCCUCGGAAAGCGCAACAUCACCACCAUCGUGGGGGACAUCACCACGGACAAGUGCAAGGCGGACAUCAACCGUGCCAUCAUCGAGUCGACGUCGAACGGCGGCAACAACGAUCGCAACAACAGCAAGGAGGGAACCGUCGACGUGGUGCUCCACGAUGGAGCUCCCAACAUCGGAGCGAGCUACGACAAGGACGCGUACAUGCAAACGGAGCUGGCGGUGCACGCCCUCCGUUGUGCGACCCAGCACCUGCGGCACAUGGGGUCCUUUGUGACAAAGAUCUACCGCAGCAAGGACUCGGCGUCCUUCCAGUGGGUGGUAAAGCAGCUUUUCCGGGAGGUCUCGACCUUCAAGCCAAAGGCCUCCCGACAACAAUCGGCGGAGAUUUUUUACGUCUGCCAGGGCUACUACAAACCCGACAAGAUCGACCCGCGCCUCCUCGAUCCGAAGCACAUUUUCGAAUUCGUCGAGGGCGACACGCAGGGGGGCGGAAAAGACACCUCCACCGGAGCCGACAAGAAAUUCAACGUCUUUCACAAGUCCUGGGACCAGGCCAAGCGUCACCGCGGUGGGUACGACACGGACCAUCUCGACGGUACCAUGCGGCACAUCGAACCGGUGUCGAACUUUGUCUUUGGGGCUUCCUCACAGCUCGACGCGAUCCAGACGCUGAGCACAUGCACCGGGUUUACCUUUCGGGCCGACGACGACGACAAYAUCAGCAAGGAGCAGUGCGACUUUUUGUUGAACCAUCCCUUCACGACGGCCGAAAUCAAGGAGUGCGUGAUCGAUCUGAAGGUCCUGAACAAGGGAGACUUCAAGGGGCUGGUCAUGUGGAGAGAAAAAAUGCUGGCGGCCUGGAAGGCCCAGGAAUCUAACAAGGACGGUGACGACAGCGACGAGGAAAGCGGUAGCGACAGCAGCGACGGAGAAAGUGACGAUGGGGACAGCGCCGGAGAAGAUGACGAGGAUGCGAUCCAGAAAGAGAUCCAAAAGGCCCGGGAACGAAAACUGCGGGAGAAGAAAAAGGCGAAAAAGAAGGAGCGAAAACUCAUGGCGAAGAAGCGGAGGCAGGCAGCCUUUGGGAUGGAUCUCAAUGCCAUUGAGGUCCAGGAACACGACCAGUUCUUUUCUUUGAGCACUCUGCAGUCCUCAAAGGAUCUGGACAACGUUGCGGAAGUAAACCUCGACAAGGUGACGAAUGAGGAAGCCUUUGGAAGGGACAGUGACGACGACGAUAGCGACGACGAAAUGGGAGGAGCCAACUACCUCAAGAAAAAAGGCAUCCCCGAGCGCAACGCAGACACCGGUUAUUCCUACCGAAUGGAAAGYGAGCUUGACCUCGCAUACGAUMUGUUCCUUAAAAACACAAAGAACAGUGCUAACAAGAUCGGUACCAAGGCCGCGAAGCGAUCGAAAAARCUGCUGCGGGAAAAAAUGGCGCAGCAGUCCCACGAGGACCAAGAAAUGGUCCUGACCGGRAAGAAGGGAAUMAACGCCGACACCAAGGCCUACGCAAAGAUGCUCCAGGGUGGCAAAGACAGCGACGAUGAUAGCGAYGACGACGACAACGACGAGGAAGGAAACUACGAUAGCGACGAUGGAUUCGACGACGAACCCAUGACACCGGCAGAACACGAAGCAAAGAAGAAGAAAAAKUCMGCUGUGAGCAGCGGUAACAAUUCCAACCCCUUGAUCCAYGAAUUCCCAGACGAGCCCACACCGAUGAAGACGGCACGGUGGUUCAGCAAUCCGUUGUUUGCCGAGAUCGGCGAGGCCGUCAACGCAGCGGCUUCGAGCAGCAACCAAAAGUCUUCCUCCGGAGCGGCAACAAGCGAUCCGCUGGGCGACGACGACAGCGACCACGAAARCGAUGGCGACGACGACGAGGAAGAGAARAAACRCCCCUCCAAAAAGUCCCGACGGGAAAAUGCUGGCCAAUCGAAGAAGGAAAGCAAGAAAGAAAAGAAAAUUACCGCGGACGAUGUCCUGGCGAUGAUGCCCAAGACAGACAAGCAAAAGCGCCACGAAAAACGCAUCAAGGCCAAGGAACGAGACGAACGCCGCCAGGCCCGACGGGCGAAGAAAAUGGGGGAGGAAGCGAGCGACUUUGACCUGGUGCCCAGGUCGGCGAACGACGAUGAGGACUUUGACGACGAUGAAUUAAUGCAAAUGGAAGGCAUGACCGAGGAAAGAAAACAAAAGAUAAAGGAGGCCCGAAAGCUGAUCAAGGCCGGUAUGGGGAAGGGUGCCUCUUCUGAUAAAGGCGAGAAGGUGGGCUUCGAGGUUGUGGAAGCUGAGAGGCCCCUGCCUUCUAUGGACGACCGAAAAUACAAUUCCGAUAACGAGGACUACGACAGCGACGACCACGCCGAGACACUCGCGCUGGGAACCAUGAUGCUCCGCCAUUCGAAGGCAAAGUCCAUGGUGGAUGCAUCGUAUAACCGAUUUGCCUGGAACGACCCUAGUGAUCUCCCGGAGUGGUUCGUUGACGACGAGAACCGCCACUACCGUCCGCAGCUCCCGAUCCCCCCGGCACUUCUGGCCAAGAUGAAAGAAAAGAUGCUGGCCCUCUCGACGAAACCUAUUGCAAAGGUUGCCGAAGCCCGCGCGAGAAAGAAUCGCAAGGCGAAACAAAAGCUCGCAAACGCCAAGAAGAAGGCCCAGGCAAUUGCAAAUUCUGCGGACAUGUCCGAGGCAAUGAAGCUGAAGACCAUCAGCAAGGCUUUGCGGUCCGACGACAGGAAGAGCGGCCGCAAGGAAUAUGUUGUUUCCAAGAAGGGACAAGGCAAGAARGGAGUCAAGGGAGGAAUUAUGGUGGACAAGAGAUUGAAGAACGACAAGAGAGGAAUGGAACGCGCUAUGAAGAAGAGGAAAUCUGGCAAGAAGGGAGGACUUACGGGAWCAAAGAGAAGGCGGAAUCACAAGUAAAUAAURCAAUGCAAGGCAUCCCUGUUGAAAUGAUGGUCCAAUAKAACGYCAUGCUAUUAUGCCCCAUUACUGAAAUUUGUUUUGAAAUGAGCUUCUUCUUCUAGUAGUUGUAUAGAAAUGUUUGUUCUUUGUUUGUAUAUAUUUAUUAUCCAAAAUUUGCCUGACGGCUUUGUUUUCUAUCUACUGCUAUGUGUAUCAAUUGYAACAAAUCCGACCGUWAGCUGAUAUCAGAUUCCAUUCAACCGAAUAGAAUUUCGUAUGUGAC